AGCAGCAGCAGCACGGUGCCCUGCCCAAGGCUCUGCCAUGAGGGGCUGUCCCUACAUGCAGGUGAAAGAGCCAGCCCCGGGUGCAGCAUUUCUGCCCCAACCCUUAUCCCCAGCCCAGCCUCCCCGCCACGUGUGCACUCACCACUUGCCCAAGCAAUACAGGGCCAGCGUUACCUUCUGGGGCCUUGUGUAGCUGCCCUCAUUGUGGCUUGGCCCCAUGAUGUCUUGGAUGGCACAGUACACCACAGCCAGCCCAGCCCCACCCCACUCUUUGUCCCCACCCCAGCUCAGACUCUUGAAGGGGCCCUGGGGUGGCUGGGCCAGCCUUUCAGUGAAUCUUCUUCAAAGAACUCCUCUUGGUCUUUCUCUUGUCUUUCUUAUCAGCGGCCCUCUAUUGGCAGUCUCACACAUAUCCAUGUUGGAAGGCACCCUUGAGGAUCAUGGAGUCUAAACCUUGACUCCACGCUGAGCUUCAGUUAAAUCUCUGAGUCUACAAAAGGUGCAUGUUGGUUUCAGGCUUGCUGCUUUUCUGAACGAUGAGCAUGACAGCAUCCUCUUGCUUGCCCACAACCACUUGGGUACCAGGCCUCUGGGAGAGCGCUUGUUUUUUCUGCUCUGGAAAGAGUUUCCCAGCACAAUCACAAGAUGUUCUGCAGUAGAAAGAUGUAUUUGGGGUCACCACUUCCAGAUGCAUUGAUCUGUCUUUCUGUGCAUAAACAGGCACAGCAACAAAGACUGCAGUGAUGAGCUGCCUUUGAAGAGUCACAGGCUGGUGUUGUUGGCCUUAGCCAUGGUUCCUAACCAAAAAUGCUCAACCCCAUCAGCACCAUCAGUAAGCUCUAGACAGCUGGAAUGGAUGGUGACCUUACACUGAUGGUGACCCCAGCACCUAUCCUUCCCUUCCUGUCCCUUCUGCAGUGUUACAAAUACAUAAAACAGAGGGAGCAUGUUAGAGGGGGCCAUAGAGUUGGCAGUUCAGGCAGUUUGUACCUUCCGAAUACCGCAGGCAGUGGGAGAAGAAAGAGGUUGAUGCACCUGGGAAUUAGGAUAAAAAAGGAAGUUUCACCCUUGUCCUGAGUCUCAGCAAUUCCAGACACCCCAUGGGAAAUGUCCCUUGGCCUCUCCUUUUACUCCAAUAACAUUACAGGACCCCUCUGUGUCUUUCCUGGACCCAAUCACUGGUGUUGUGAAGGUUUUUCCACCCAGGGAGACACCCUUCUCCUUCAGUGCCCAUUCUCCAGCUCUUCUCUGCUUUCUAAUGCACCUAGAAGCCCGUGUCCUUGCUGCUGCAUGGAUCUCCCACGGCUCUCUGCCAGCCGUACUCCAGAGCUCCCAGCUCCAGCUGGCAGGGCCUCAGCGCCUGCCCUGUGCCCUCCUUUCCUGACAGUCACAGCAGGCCCUGCUUGCUGCCCUCAUGGUGGCACUCCUGGCCCCAGUGAUCUCCAAGGCCUUCUCUGGGGGCACCUUCCUGCGGCCUUUCAGUCCCUCACAAGGCCCAGCAGAGACCUGAGAGGGGCUGUGGACAAGGGCCUGCAGGGACAGCACCACGCCCAGUGGCUUCCCACUGACAGCGGGCAGGCUUGGGCUGGAGAUGUGCAAGAAAUUCUUGCCUCUUAGGCUGCUGAGGCCCUGGCCCACGCUGCCCACAGCAGCUGUGGCUGCCCCAUCCCUGGCCAUGUUCCACAAUCCGUCCUUAGGAAUGGGUUUCGUGAUGGUUUGUUAAUUGAUCUCAGAGUGCAAAAAACCUACACGGCAAGGGAGUUUGCAGUAAUAAUAAAAAAUAAAUCUACCUUUAUUGAAUGGCCACAGGAAAAUGUUCUAGGGGGGACAGGGAAAAAGGGAAGAAUAGGGGGAAAAAAAGAGAGAGAAGAAGAGAAAAGAAGGUAUGUAGCUACCAAACGUAGAGAGACAAAGUCCUUCAAAGUCUUCAGUCAUUGGAGUUCACCUGGUCACAUCAGGGGAGAUCUCAGAGAUACUGGUCAACUCAAGCUUCUGUUGUAGUCCUUUUUGGUGGGGGAAGGGGACAAGUGCAGAAAUGGAAUCAAAUGUAAUAAAGAGUAGUCUAUUGUAAUUGCUGAUGGAAAGAUAAAAAAAAAGAGAAGGCAUUGAAGAAGGGUACAGAUAGUCCAUAUUCUCAGCAGUAGGUAAGAACCAUUGUCUUCUUGGUCCAAUGGUUACUCCUGCAAGCAAACAUCUCACUUUGGUCAGCUUGCCUCCCCCACACAGCUCCCCCACGUUAGGGGUUUCAAUCUCAGUCCUUGGGAGGAGGGGGAGCUCCUCCAUAUAGGGGUUUCAUGUCUCAGUCCUUGAGGGAGAGGCUUCUCCCAUCUCAGUCUGUCUGUCACAGUGGUUGUAAAACAGAUGAAGGGUCUCCCAUGGGGACCACCAAGAGUUACCCCAGAAAAGUCCAGCCAAGCUGAGAGGUGGGGAAAUUCCAGGGCUAUUGGUGUGAAAUGGGUGCAGGCAAAAAAGGACAAGGUGCCCCUUUUCCUUUUCAUUAGGUUCAGUGUUCCAUGGCAGCAAACACACCUGCAAAUAGCUUGGCAAGCCAGAAGCUCUGCUCAGGCCUCAGGAUCUUGACAAGCAACCAUCUCAAGCAAAGCCAGAAUUCCAGUCAGGGUCUUUACAGUGGUCCUGAUGUCUGCUCUUGAGACAGUUGUGAGGCAAAAUGAGGGGAACUUCAGACCGUCUCUCACAGGGCUGCUUCUCAUCUGCCCAUGAAGCACUGGGGCUCUGGGCUUUCCUUCCUAAGGGAGAGAGCUGUCCUUCUCCACCAGGGGCCCAUGGCCAAAACUGGGAUUCCUUGCCAAAUUUCCUUAAAUGCAAAGAUUGUUCCCAGAUGAAAUCUGCCAGGAGAGACAGAUUUGGCUGCUUUGGAUACCCAGGGGCCAUCUCUCAUCUGCCUUUGAAACACUGGGACCAUGUGCUUUUCUUUCUUAUGGGGAAAAAAACCAUCCAUCUCGAGCAGGCACCCAUGACCAAAAUUGGGAAUCUGCCUCCAAAAUUCCCUGUAUCCAAGGAUAGCUCCCAGGCAAAAGCUGCCAGGACAAGUCUGGCUGGACUUGGCUACCUGAAGAGCUGGCACUCAUCUACCUUUGAAACACUGGGGCUCUGUGCUUUCCUUGCUAAAAUAAAGAACUCUUCUUCCUGUCCAGGUGCCCAUGGCCAAAACUGAGAUUCCAUCUCCAAAAUGCCCUAUGUCCAAGGAUAGUCCCUAGAUGAAAGGUGCCAGGAUAGAGAGGUCUGGCUGGCUUGGCCUAUGGGUGGCCACCUCUCAUCUUUUUUUAGAACACUUGGAAUUCACGCUUUUCUUUCCAAGAGGAAAAAACUAUCCAUCUUGACCAGGCAUCCGUGGCCAAAACUGGGAUUGCACCUCCAAAACUCUGUACAUCCAAGGAUUGCUCCCCAGUGGAAGCUGCCAGGACAGACAAGUCUGACUGCCCUUGGCCUCUUGGGGGCUGCCUCUUACCUCCUUUCCAAACACCGGGACUCAGGGCUUCCCUUCCAAUGGAAAAGAAUCAUUCUUCUUCUCAAGGUGUCUGUGGUCAAAAUUGAGAUUCCUCCUCCCAAAUUCCAUAUAUCCAAGGAUUCCUCAAUGACAAAAGUUGCCAGGACAAACAGGUCUAGCUGGCUUGGCCUCCCAGGAGCCACCUGUCUCCUCUUCUGCCUUUGAAAUUCUUGGGCUCUGCAUUUUCCUUCCUAUGGAAAAGAACCAUCCUUCUUAUCUACACAGAAAUGGCUGAAAUUGGGAUUCCACCUCACAAAUUCCCUAUGUCCAAGGGUUGCUUUCAGACAAAAGCUACCAGGACAGAGAGGCCUGGCUAGCCUAGGCCUCUGAUGGCCACCGUUCAUCUGCCCCUCAAACACCAGUGUUCCAUGCUUUCCUUCCUAUAGAGAAGAACUGUCCUUCAUCUCUGGGUGUCCAUGUCUGAAAUUGGGAUUCUACCUCCAAAAUUCUGUAUAUCCAAGGGCUGCUCCCAGGCAAAAUCUGCCAGUACCAUCAAGUCUGGCUGGCCUUGGCCUCUGGUGAUUGCCCCUACAACACUGGGGCUUGGUUCUUUCCUUCCCAUGGAGAUCCCUGGGACACUGUGGGGACCUCAUGGAACCAAGGGGAUCAUUGUGGCUCCACUGGAGCCCAUGGAACCAAGGGGCCGUGGUGACACAGCAGGGCUUCAUGGAACCUAGAGACCAUUAUGGCUCUGUGGGACCUGAUGGAACCAUGGAGAGCAUUAGGACCCUUCAAGGCCUCAUGUCACCAAGGGGGAAUUAUGACACCUCAGGGCCUCAUGGAAGCAAGGGACCAUUGGGACACUAUGGGGCCCCAUGGAGCCAAUGGAACAUGGAACAGGUCUGGUUGGCUUGGCCUCCCAGGGGCCACCUGACAGGUCUGGCUGAUCUUGGAAUGUCAAGGACUGGCUCUCAUCAGCUCCUGGAGCACUGGGGCUGCAUGCUUUCCAUGCUACAGUAAAGAACUAUCCCUCUUUUUAGAUGCCCAUUGGCAAAACUGAUACUUUCCCUAAAAAAUUUCCUCUAUGCAAGGUGGUCACCUCUCAUCUGCCCCUGAAAUACUGGGGCUCUGUUCUUUCAUUCCUUUGGAAAACAACUGGCCUUUCUGCCAAGGGACCAUGGCCAAAAUUAGAAUUUGGUCUCCCAAAUUCCGUAUAUCCAAGCAUUGGUCCCAGACAAAUAUAGCCAGGACAGACAGAUCCCUAUGCCAAGACACUUGAAAUGUCCAACAGCAGCUCCAUCAGCCACUUCCUCCUGCUGGCAUUGGCAGACACGCGGCAGCUGCAGCUCCUGCACUUCUGCCUCUUGCUGGGCAUCUCCCUGGCUGCCCUCCUGGGCAACGGCCUCAUCAUCAGCGCCGUAGCCUGCGGCCACCACCUGCACACGCCCAUGUUCUUCUUCCUGCUCAACCUGGCCCUCAGCGACCUGGGCUCCAUCUGCACCACUGUCCCCAAAGCCAUGCACAAUUCCCUCUGGGACACCACCACCAUCUCCUACACAGGAUGUGCUGCUCAGCUCUUUUUCUUUCUGUUCUUCAUCUCAACAGAAUUUUAUCUCCUGACCACCAUGUGCUACGACCGCUACGUGUCCAUCUGCAAACCCCUGCACUACGGGACCCUCCUGGGCAGCAGAGCUUGUGCCCACAUGGCAGCAGCUGCCUGGGCCAGUGCCUUUCUCACUGCUCUAAUGCACACAGCCAAUACAUUUUCCCUGCCCCUGUGCCAUGGCAAUGCCCUGGGCCAGUUCUUCUGUGAAAUUCCCCAGAUCCUCAAGCUCUCCUGCUCCAAAUCCCACAUCAGAGAACUUGGGCUCAUUGCUGUUAGUGCCUCUUUAUCAAUAUGUUGUUUUUUGUUCAUUGCUUUCUCCUAUGUGCAGAUCUUCAGGGCUGUGCUCAGGAUCCCCUCUGAGCAGGGACGGCACAAAGCCUUUUCCACCUGCCUCCCCCACCUAGCUGUGGUCUCUCUGUUCACCAGCACUGCAGUGUUUACCUACCUGAAACCCCUCUCCAUCUCCUCCCCAUCCCUCGAUCUUGCCCUAUCAGUUCUGUACUCAGUGGUGCCGCCAGCCCUGAAUCCCCUCAUCUACAGCCUGAGGAACCAGGAGCUCAAGGGUUCAGUGUGGAGACUGAUCACUGGAUACUUUCAGGAACAUUAA